AUGAAAAUCUCAGUUCUCAGCUUAGCCGUUCUUGCCUUUGGUUUACAAUCUGUUGCUGCUGCCUCAUGUAGCUGUGAUCCAAAUGAUACUGACUGUUUGUCAGAGUGUGUUCAAAACACCAAUAGCUGUAUCGAUAGUUGCCGUGGCGACACUACCUGUUAUCAAAACUGUAUUGGUGGUUGGCCAGGUGUAAGCGAAUCCGCCGAUGCUACUGCUACUACUGGUGCUGCUACUACUGCAUCUGCUACAUUAUCAGGUCCCAUUGGACCCUUGACACCUUCUAGUCGUCCCGGUGCCAACAGCAUUACUGAAUCUUCUGCUACCACUACAUCUCGCGUUCCUUCUGCUGUUACAUCUGCAGUUGCCUCGGUUACAACCAGUGCUACAACUGCCCCAAGCUCUGCCGUCUCUGCAGCUACUUCAUCUGUUAUUUCUUCAUUCAGCUCUGCUGCCAGUAGUAUUGUAUCAGCUCAAUCUUCGGCUGUUUCAUCUGUCGUCAGUGCUGCUUCAUCUAGUGCUGCUGCAUCCACAGCUCCAUCAUCCACACCCUCUCCUAAUAGUGCUACCGGCUUGGUUCCCGCAAUUGGUGUCACAUUGAUCUCCGUUGGCCUUGCGUUCUUUGCUCUUUAA